AUGGCUGAACAAGGUUUUCCAAAUAGUCAUGUAACCGUAGUUCAACCGUCAGAACGAAGUUCAAAAUCAACUAUACAUUUAGAUCUGUCUUACCUACAUACUUUAGAUGGAAGAAUUAAAUGUGGAGAAAUUGCCUUGAAUCUCUUGGGAUUUAUUUGUAUUUUAAGUUCUCCAUGGAAAUAUUUCUCUAGAGCUAAUUGGUUUAAUACUGUAGCAAUGGGUGGUUUUUGGUUUUCUAGCAUCAUGUUAGCUCUCUAUCUCUUUCAUGUACAAGAACUCUUCACUAGAAUUCCAUGGGUCAAAGUUGAAUUUGUUUUUUGUGCAAUAUGGACUUUAUUUUAUUUAAUCGCUGCAUCUUUAGCUGCCGAUUAUGGUUCCAAAGAAUCUGGUGAAGCAUUUGCAGCAGCUGCUUUUUUUGGAUUUUGUGCUACAUUAUUAUAUGGGUAUGAUGCUUACCUUAAAUUUUCUCGUUUAAAAGAUGAUAAAAAUUCAGUAAGAACAAUUAACAUGCCUCCAAGUUCGACUAAUCAACCUUCAAAUAAUCCUACUUAUUAA